AUGCCAAAGACGGCCCCUAGUCUUGCAAUAGUAGCGAUUAAUACAGCGACUAAUGGACGACGAUCCCUUUCGUUGAAAUCCUUUUUUUCGCCUCGCAAGCCUAAAAAGGAUGCAUUCACCUCUCAAUUUGAACCAGUAUUGGAGCAAGCAAAUUUGUUCCAUCCCCUGAGCAAGUCGCCCAUUCCUGCAGUUCGUCAAAAGGCAGAAUGGAUAUCGAAGCAUGGAAGCUGUGCAGUUUGUAAAGACCAGGAACAUGAACAUGGACAUAAGCAUGGGGAGCAUAAGCCUGAGCAAAAGAAGAGAAAGGCACCAACGUAUGAAUGUCCAGAUUGUGGAUAUCCAACUCAUUGUAGUGAAGAGCAUUACCAGAUGGAUAAGGAUCGUCAUAAACAUAUCUGUGGAAUCCUUCGGGAGAUCAAUGAAGACGAACAUGAUCUUCGAUCUGGCCGUCGUAUGAAGGAAUUUGAAUUUCCAGGUGCUCAACAUCGUGAUGAGGCGAUCAACUUGUCAAAUUGGGACACAUUCUUGUACACUCGUGGAUUCCUCAGCAUGAACUCGGAGCGUUCAAUGCGUCAUGUCUCACAUGUGUUGACUUAUCCUAUCACCAUUGGCUCGGUACUUCAUCAAUCUUCGCCAUAUCGACUCGGCAAGGAUCUUACUGUCGAGGGUCUGAAGUCGUUGGCAGCCCUUCGCCACACAUUGCAUCCGGCGGUCAUUCCAGGAAUCACUCAAUCUCAGGAUCUUCGUACAAUUGCAACACACACUGUGCGUAUCUUUUGUUUGGGGGCCCGUGCAGAAUCUCAUCUUCCACCUCAUAUCUACAUGCAACUCGCCUAUCUGUUCCCAACGACGGCCUUCCAGAUUCAUUUUGUAGGACCGGAUGCAAUCCCACCACAUACGAAAUCCAAGGAUCCUCAUCAGCAUGUCCAUUAUGAGCAGAUCACGUUUAUAUAUGACAACUCUCGUUAUGAGACAUAUCAUGCAGAGGCAGGGCCCUUCAACCCUUACUACGAUGUGUUUUUCCUCUUCUCACCCGGUCUAGCCCAUCCAGCAACGAAGGAUAUGUGGAAGCCUACGAUCCCAUUAUUGUUGGAUACAAAAUGUGCGAUCUUUGGAACAGGAUUCGAUGAACAGGAUGUGAUGAAUGAUGUCAAUGAGAUUGAGAAUGCAGGCUAUGAGAUGGAUUGGCUGAUGAAGCCUCGAGAGAAUGUGUUCCGAUCUUUGAAGCAUGAAGUCAACUUGACUGAUGUUCGACAAUCAGCACAGUGUAACUGGGGUAUCUGGGGGAUCCGUGGACGUCGUUAUGAUGUGAGACCUGCGGAGGAAUAA